AUCACCCGCAUGGCACGUGAUGACUCAGCCAAGCGCGAGGCCCAAAUGUGGGUUUUUCGAAAUGUGCUUCUGUGAUCCCGAUUAAGUGGCAAGCCUCGUUACCCCAUCUCGCAAACACCUUCACUCCCCUUUCGGUGGUUCUCCCGGCAAUAUCGACUUGAGACCGUUCAGUCUCGUUUAUCCCAUUUUCUCCCGGCCCCAGUCCGACCUUUCCACCCCGCUCAAAGCUCUGCCCAGCACAAGGCGCAACCCCGCCGAAAAUGUCGUUGACAAAUUCCCGUUUCUACGAGGAGAAGUACCCGGAGGUGGACAGCUAUGUCAUGGUCAAUGUGAAGCAGAUCGCCGAAAUGGGCGCAUACGUGAAGCUGCUGGAAUAUGACAACAUCGACGGCAUGAUCCUGCUCUCCGAACUGUCGCGCAGACGUAUUCGCAGUAUCCAGAAGCUCAUCCGUAUUGGCCGUAACGAGGUCGUCAUCGUGCUCCGUGUGGAUAAGGAGAAGGGUUAUAUCGAUCUGUCCAAGCGUCGUGUUUCCCCCGAGGAUGUUAUCAAGUGUGAGGAGAGAUACAACAAGAGCAAGGCCGUGCACUCCAUCAUGCGCCAUGUCGCCGAGGCCACCCAAACCCCUCUUGAGACCUUAUACCAGCAGAUCGGAUGGCCCUUGAACCGCAAAUACGGCCACUCCCACGAUGCUUUCAAGAUCUCCAUCACGAACCCCGAUGUGUGGAACGACGUCGAAUUCCCCAGCGAAGCUGUCAAGAAGGAGUUGACGCAUUAUAUCAGCAAGAGACUCACCCCUCACCCCACCAAGGUCCGUGCCGAUAUUGAGGUUACCUGCUUCGGCUACGAUGGUAUCGAUGCAGUCAAGGAGGCCCUGCGCACCGCUGAGGCCAACAACUCCGCCGAAAGCCAGAUCAAGGUCAAGCUGGUCGCCCCGCCCUUGUACGUCUUGACUAGCCAGUGCUUGGACAAGGCUAUCGGUAUCCAGCAGCUCGAGGAGGCCAUUCAACGGAUUGAGGCCAAGAUCAAGGAGUCCGGCGGUGCCUGCACGGUCAAGAUGGCUCCCAAGGCCGUUACUGAGCACGAUGAUGCUGCCCUCCAGGAGCUCAUGGAGAAGCGUGAGCGUGAGGUCAUGUUGGUCAGCGGUGAUGAGGAUGAUUCUGAGAGCGAUGAGGGUAACCUUGAGUAAAUCGCGCAUGGAUAUGCCGACUGAUACCGUCUGGUGGUCUACGGGCUUGCUCAAAUGAUGGUCAACGGUGGAGGAUACAACAGUUCGUCUAACGAACUGUGAUUAAUCAGUAUCGAGUAUCAGAGGACAUGGUUGAGCACGAUGGACAGGGAUCGGAAAAGUUCAAUAGAGUUUUUGGACGUGACACGAUUUUAUGAGACGGAGGUACGGUUUGACGCGCGACGGGGCGAAUCGAGAUCAUCGGCGAUGGUCGAGACCAUGUGAGGAAACGAGGGGGCAACCUUCGGUCUCAUGUGUUGAGGAAGCCACUGCAGUAGCUGCUGGUUACGCCUCUGGUGAGGACUGGCCUCCGACCGAGAGGAGCUUCGCAGAUUCUGGUGUACAUAAGCUUCUUUGAUCUACGAUUUCUCGCCAGUGGCCAUGUUAGACACUGACUCAAAAUCCCUUUUCUGCUGUUCUUUCAUUGACUAUGACUUUAUUU